ACAGGGACGUGACCUUCCCUGGCUGAGCCUUACGAUGUGGGGUCAGGAUGCCUCGGUGCCCCGACGUCGUCUGGCGCAACCUUUCAGGGGCGCUUCUUGGCUGCUGGUGCUGCUGCUGAGCUUGGCCCUUGCCCGGAAAGGGGGCUCGGCGGCACACUGCCCCAGCAAAUGCGUCUGCGCCAGCAACAUCAUCAGCUGCUCCAAGGCCAACCUGAGUGUCUUCCCCCAUCCCCUUCCCUCGUAUGCGGCCGUCCUAGACUUCAGCUACAACCAGCUGACGCGCCUGCGGGCAGAGUGGGCGCCUUCCCCGCUUCACCAUCUGCACUCCCUGUUCCUCAGCCACAACGGCCUUUCCUUCAUCUCCACGGAGGCCUUCACCAAUGUCCCUCACCUCAAGUACCUGGACCUCUCCUCCAAUAGCAUCCAGGAGCUGGGGGAGAACCACUUCAGCCACCUGGUGGAGCUGGAGGUGUUGCUGCUGUACAGCAACAAGAUCUCCAAGAUUGACCGGACCGCUUUUGAAGAGAUGACCAAGCUCCAGAAGUUGUACCUGAGCCAUAACGCCAUCGGCCGCUUCCCCCAAGAGCUGCUGAAGAAAGACGAGGGGGGCUUCCCGGAGCUGGCCUUGCUGGACCUGUCUUGCAACAAGAUCAAGGAUAUUUCCGUGGACGAGGUGAACAAGCUCCCGGCCUGGGUGAAGAACGGCCUCUACGUCCACGGCAACCCCCUCACCUGCCAGUGUUCGCUCUACAACCUCUUCACCCACUGGCAGAAGCGGCAGCUGAGCUCUGCCACGGACUUCAAGGAGGAACUCAAGUGCUUGCUCCAGAAAGACAGCAAAAGCAUCAAAAUCUCCAGCCUCAGUGGCCCAGGGGGGAUGAACUGCAGCGAGUUCAAGGAGCAAGUGCUGGAGGUCCAUCGCGGGGAAGAGGUGAUCAUCAACUGCGACACGAGGCAGCGAGGGGUGAUGAUCAGAGAGUGGCUGACCCCCCGCUACGAGCGUGUCCCCCAGGAGGGCGACAACAGCUCCAUGACCAUGCUGACCAACGGGAGCCUUCAGAUCAAAAACAUCAGCGUGGAGGACAUGGGUCCGUAUACCUGCUAUGCGGUCAGCCAGGUGUUCAACGAGACCCUCUAUGUGCACGUCACGGUCCACAACUACUCCUUGCACGGGACCCCGGACACCCUCAACACCGCCUACACCACGCUGGUGGGCUGCAUCCUGAGCGUCAUCCUCGUGCUCAUCUACCUUUACCUGACCCCUUGCCGCUGCUGCUGCCGCAACGGCGAGAAGCAGGCCAGCCAGCGCGAGGACAGCAUCAACUCCUCGGUGCUCAGCACCACUCCCAACCACAACGCCGGCGGGGGAAAGGAAGGGCUGAACCGGCACAUGGCGCCUGGCAACGUGCAAGGCCAGAAUGGCAAAUGCAAAGCCAACAGCUCCCCCAAGCAGGCGGCCAAAGGGUCCCAGAAGGCAGAGCGGAAGAUGUCGGAUGCGGACUCUGUCAGCUCCGUCUUCUCCGACACGCCCAUCGUGGGGGCCUCGCAGGGCGAAGGCGGGAGAGGAUCCGGCAGGGAUAAGGCAGGGGCCGAAUUAGUGGGGCUGCUGUGAUCGUUCUGGCACUGGG